CGGGGGGGAAGGAAGUGGAGCGGGAGGGGGCCCGGGACCGGAACGGGAGGGGAACGCCAGGCCGGGCCGUUAAAAUAAAUAAAUAAUAGUAAUAAUUAUAAUUAUUAUUAUUAUUAUUGGGUGGUGAGUGGCCUGGCUUUCCCUCACCGCCUUCUGAAGGGAGGGGGUUUCUGAGGAGAAUUUUUUGGGGGGCCCAGAAGCCCUUAUUUCCACCCCGGGUGGGGCAGUUAGCGUGGAGGACACCCCCACCCCCAUCACUUUCUCGUGAAGCUCUCUGAGGGAAAAGGCGGUGGUUCGUUCUGAGGGCAUUUGUGUGAGGGAAGCUGAGGGACGAAACAAAACGGGGGGGGGGCGGCGGCUCUUUUCAUAAAUUUUUAGGAGAGUUCCUCUUGCUCCCCCCACGAAAACAAAAGCCAUAUCUGGAGAAAUAACGCUCCUGCUUGUCAGUGUAUUAUUUUUUUUUUGUUGGGGGGGCUUUGCCUUCCCUCACUGGAUACCCCUUGAAGUGGGUAGCCCUUAUUCUUUUUUUAAAGAAAUAAUGUGGUAGUGUGUGUGGGGGGGGUUGAAGAGAAUCAAGGGUAAUCAAAGGUGCCUCUUUUAGAGCUAGAGGUUUUUUUUUUUUAAUUUUAAGAGGCAUUUGCCUUCCCUUCUUUUUGGGGUGAAAAGGCACCCCCAAUUUCUGGUUUAGUCGAUUUGUUGAUUGAUUGAUUGGCUUGGGAAAUCAAAAUCCACACCAGCUCCAGACAUACCCCCCCCUUUUUCCCAAAUUGCUGUCUGGAUCUUUUCUCUGAUAGUGACGAGCCAGAAGGGUUUUGGGGAUCCUUAGGGGGUGGGUGGGGGUGGGUUGGAAAAAAGGGAGCCCGACAAGGAAGGUUGGGUGCUAAGAGGCCGGCUAGAGUAGGGUUGCUGCUGCUGCCGCCUUUCUUUUUUUUUUUAAAUAAUUGCUGCUGCUGUUCCUGCUGCCAAUUGCUGUGAAAGAAGGAAGAGGAAGAGUAAGAGAGAGAGAGGCACACAAGGCACCAUUUGCUGCCACCACCACACCGGCUUCAGCCAUGGAAAACGCGCACACCAAGACGGUGGAGGAAGUGCUGGUUUACUUUGGUGUCAACGAGAGCACCGGGCUCAGCUUGGAGCAGGUCAAGAAGCUCAGGGAGAGAUGGGGUGCUAAUGAGCUACCAGCUGAAGAAGGGAAAACUUUACUUGAGCUUGUGAUCGAACAGUUUGAAGAUUUAUUAGUUAGAAUAUUGUUGUUGGCAGCAUGUAUAUCUUUCGUGUUGGCCUGGUUUGAAGAAGGUGAAGAAACAGUCACAGCCUUUGUAGAACCUUUUGUAAUUCUUCUCAUAUUAGUAGCCAAUGCCAUUGUGGGUGUGUGGCAGGAGAGAAAUGCUGAAAAUGCCAUCGAAGCACUUAAGGAAUAUGAACCUGAAAUGGGUAAAGUGUACCGGCAAGACAGAAAAAGUGUACAAAGGAUAAAAGCAAGAGACAUUGUCCCCGGUGAUAUUGUGGAAGUAGCCGUUGGUGACAAAGUUCCUGCUGACAUAAGAAUUACUUCUAUAAAAUCUACAACUCUAAGAGUAGACCAGUCAAUCCUCACAGGUGAAUCUGUGUCAGUAAUAAAGCACACGGAUCCAGUGCCUGAUCCUCGUGCAGUGAACCAAGACAAGAAGAACAUGCUGUUUUCUGGCACAAACAUCGCGGCAGGCAAAGCCAUGGGGGUCGUCGUGGCGACCGGAGUCAACACCGAAAUAGGGAAAAUCCGUGACGAGAUGGUGGCUACCGAGCAAGAGAGGACCCCGCUUCAGCAGAAGCUGGAUGAGUUUGGGGAGCAGCUGUCCAAGGUCAUCUCGCUUAUCUGCAUCGCCGUGUGGAUAAUCAAUAUCGGUCACUUCAACGACCCUGUCCACGGCGGCUCCUGGAUUCGGGGCGCCAUCUACUACUUCAAAAUCGCCGUGGCGUUGGCCGUGGCGGCCAUCCCGGAGGGUCUCCCUGCUGUCAUUACCACCUGUUUGGCGCUGGGGACGCGGCGAAUGGCCAAGAAGAACGCGAUUGUCCGGAGCCUGCCGUCCGUGGAAACCUUGGGCUGCACUUCGGUCAUUUGCUCGGACAAAACUGGCACCCUCACCACCAACCAGAUGUCAGUUUGCAGGAUGUUCGUUCUGGACCGAGUGGAAGGGGACAGCUGCUUCCUCCAUGAAUUUACUGUGUCCGGCUCAACGUAUGCUCCCAUAGGAGAAGUAUAUAAAGAUGACAAGCUUGUCAAAUGCUGUCAGUUCGAUGGGCUUAUAGAAUUAGCAACGAUCUGUGCACUUUGCAAUGAUUCUUCUCUGGAUUUCAACGAAGCCAAAGGAGUGUAUGAAAAGGUUGGUGAAGCCACAGAGACCGCCCUGACUUGUCUGGUAGAGAAGAUGAACGUGUUUGACACAGAACUCAAAGGGCUGACCAGGAUUGAAAGGGCAAAUGCGUGCAAUUCGGUGAUCAAGCAACUCAUGAGAAAAGAGUUCACCCUUGAAUUCUCAAGGGACAGGAAGUCCAUGUCGGUAUACUGCACUCCCAACAAACCCAGCCGGACCGCCAUGACCAAGAUGUUUGUUAAGGGUGCUCCCGAGGGCGUCAUUGACAGAUGUACGCAUGUCCGGGUUGGAGGUGCUAAAAUGCCGCUGACACCAGGAGUGAAGCAGAAGAUCAUGAGCGUCAUUCGAGAGUGGGGGACCGGCAGAGACACCCUGCGCUGCCUGGCUCUGGCGACGCACGACAAUCCGCCGAGAAGGGAAGACAUGAAGCUGGAGGAUUCUGCAAACUUUAUUACCUAUGAGACCAAUUUGACCUUCAUUGGCUGCGUGGGGAUGCUGGACCCCCCAAGAAUCGAAGUGGCGUCGUCCAUCAAGCUGUGCCGGCAAGCUGGCAUCCGUGUGAUUAUGAUCACGGGGGACAACAAGGGGACGGCGGUGGCCAUCUGUCGCCGCAUUGGCAUCUUUGGGGAAGACGAGGAUGUCACCACCAAGGCCUUUACCGGACGUGAGUUUGACGAACUCUCCCCAGCUGCCCAGAGGGAUGCCUGCCUCAACGCCCGCUGCUUUGCCCGCGUGGAGCCUUCUCAUAAGUCUAAGAUCGUUGAGUUUCUCCAGUCUUUUGAUGAGAUCACAGCAAUGACCGGCGAUGGUGUCAAUGAUGCCCCAGCCCUGAAGAAAGCCGAGAUUGGAAUUGCCAUGGGCUCGGGCACGGCGGUGGCCAAGACCGCUUCAGAAAUGGUGCUGGCCGACGACAACUUCUCCACCAUCGUCGCUGCUGUGGAAGAAGGCCGGGCCAUCUACAACAACAUGAAGCAGUUCAUCCGCUACCUCAUCUCCUCCAACGUCGGAGAGGUGGUCUGCAUCUUCCUGACUGCUGCUCUGGGAUUCCCCGAAGCUUUAAUCCCCGUCCAACUAUUGUGGGUGAAUCUGGUGACGGAUGGACUCCCUGCCACUGCUCUGGGCUUCAACCCUCCCGACCUGGACAUCAUGAACAAGCCGCCUCGCAAUCCUAAAGAGCCCUUGAUUUCUGGGUGGCUGUUCUUCCGUUACUUGGCAAUCGGAUGCUAUGUUGGAGCUGCUACGGUGGGAGCCGCUGCCUGGUGGUUUAUUGCUGCUGAUGGUGGCCCAAGAAUUACUUUCUACCAGCUGAGCCAUUUCUUGCAGUGUAAAGAUGAGAAUCCAGAGUUUGACGGUGUUGACUGUGUGGUCUUUGAGUCCCCAUAUCCUAUGACAAUGGCACUCUCUGUCUUGGUCACAAUAGAGAUGUGUAAUGCCCUCAACAGCCUGUCAGAGAACCAGUCGUUGCUACGGAUGCCUCCCUGGGAGAACGUCUGGCUCCUGGGCUCCAUUUGCUUGUCCAUGUCUCUUCAUUUCCUCAUCCUUUACGUGGAGCCACUGCCACUGAUCUUCCAAAUCACCCCUCUGAAUCUGACCCAGUGGCUGAUGGUCUUGAAAAUCUCGCUGCCCGUCAUCCUGCUGGACGAGACACUUAAGUUUGUGGCCCGUAACUACCUAGAACCGGGUAAAGACAGUGUGCCGCCUGCCACCAAACCACGUUCCUUGUCCGCAUGCACCGAAGGGAUUUCUUGGCCAUUUGUCCUCAUUACCUUACCUUUGCUUAUCUGGCUGUACAGCACAGACACUAACUUUAGUGACAUGUUCUGGUCUUGACCUGGGGAAGAGGAUAGUCUUGACAGAGAGAUGUUUAACUUAAAUCAGUUUUUUUUUAAAUGGUUUGAAGCAAUUGUCUUAUUCUGCUGAAUUUUCACAUGAACAUAUUUGCCGCUGACUGAAGCUCCCCAUUCUAGACUUUUGGGGGUUUUCCCUCUUUCCUCCUCCCCCCCACCUCCCCCCCGACUCCAGCGGGGAAGUAGUAUUCCCUCCCCCUCUUUUAUACACAACUAGAGUGUCCAUUGACCAUGUACAGAGAAAUUAACACUAUUUUAUGCAAAUAUUUUUUGUAGAAGAGAAGCAUGUACAGUGUUCUGUUUCAUAGUCAAUUCAUCCUUGUAAAAACAAAAAAAGCAAAAAAAAAAAUCAAAACCAACCAACCCAGAAAGUGUUUUGUGGGGGGAGAGUGGCCGUGGACACUAUCGAUUGAGCAAAUUGUAAUUGGUAGCAGAUUUUAGGGAAUGAAUGUUCAUGUGUGGAUGUUGUUGUUGUUUUCCCCCCACCUUAAACUAAAAGCAUGCAACUGUUUUUGUCUUUUGCAUGGCUGUCUACUCUUAAUUGGCCAUUCUGUUGGGGUUUUUUUUUUCUGCACUAGGCAGAUUAUACGGCUGCCUCUCCUCUUUUCCUCUUUUUGCUUUCUCCUUCCCAAUAUUUUUAAAUUCUGACCUAAAGUCUUUUUUACAUCUGUCUUUGCAAGAGCUAUGUCUAUUCUGGCUGGUGCAGAAAACGCCAUUCCAGGGGCAACCUAUUAGUUCCCACCCCCAAAAUCCUCCCCGGACACAUAGCGUGUUUUUUUUUAAAGAAAGAAAACUAUUUAUUUAAAUAUCUCUUUUUUUAUUGUGACAUCAUUGUUUUCACCAGCGUUGCCCACUUUCGGAGGGCGGAAAAGGGAGAGGAAUACCUAGAUGGACUAGAAAAUAAGGCACGAAAGUAAACAAUAAAACAUUUUUUUAAAAAAUUGAGAAUAUCCUGGGUUUUUUUCAUUUCAUUUAUACCCUAGGAAGCUAAUGGUUCUGUUUUAAUGAUUCAGUGCUGUGUGUCAGAUUUUUUUGUGUUCCUUUUUUAUAAAAAUUGUAACGGGACCAGGAAUGAAACAAACCCUCAUGUCUUGCACACCCAAAGUUCUCACUGGGUUUUUCGGUUAGGCCUCUUAACAAUCAGGGCCACACCUUGGGAUAUAUAAUUUGCUGGCCACAUCGAGUCCUGAAGUGGAGAAGUAACAAAUUGUAUGUGUAUGUUUGUGUGUGUGUGUAUGUUUUUGUAAAAUCUGUAAAUACCACAUGACCAAAUGAACAUAUUGUAUAGAAUUAUUUUUAUUUUUAAUGUGGCACUAACCACCAUCAUUCUCUUGCGAUAAAUGUUAGUGCAUGGUGUCGUGUUUUCCCCCCUUCCCAAAUUGAGUCCUGUACCAACGGUGUGUAAGUUCAUUAACAGUCCUAAUUGUAUGGUGUUUCUCUCCAAUGCCUUCCAACAUUCAUCGACUGAACAAAACUGGAGUAAAUCACUUAGUCCUAAAACACAUUUUUGCAGAAUUGUAAGGUUAAUUUUCUUGCAUGCGUCUUUAGCAACGCAUCUACUGAAAACAUCUGCAUGAGUCUUGUAAAUGGGUAAAAAAAAAUACGUAUAUAUAUAUAUAUACAUAUAUAUCUUUCCGUAGGGAGGGAUAAAAAAAUAGACCUGAAAACUUCGUGUUCCGUGAAGGAAGUGUGUGGUGCUCUUAAAAGCUUCAGUUUAUAUGCAGAUCUACCCAUGUGCAAUAUAGUUUUUAACUGAAAACAGACCUCCUUAAAGAAGUUUUGAGGUUGCAUGAAGUCAAGAGUCCCUAAACUGCUAAGCAAGAAUUAGAGUGAUGAUUGGCCAAGUUUUAUCCUUUUUUUUUUCUUUUUCAUUUCCAUCUUUCGUUGUGUAGGAUGUCAUAGUUUAUAUAAUGUACAAUAUUGGACUGUAAUGCAUGCUUUUCAGUUGUAAGUAGCGGAUGAUCUCUAUUGUACCUUAACAUAACACUUUAAACAGCUCUGUACAAUAUGCAAUUCUAUUUAUACAGGUCCAUUGACAACGGUACUGUUGCUGAAUGUUUAAACAAAAACUGUAAACCUCCGAUUCCAUAACUUUCAGCUUUUUAAAAAAAUAUCUUGGAGUGUGCAAAUAGACUCAUUUUGCACUGUAAUAAUGUAACUUAUUUAAAUCUAAGGCCGUAGAUACACUUUGGUGCACUACACAUGUUGUGAUGCAUUCUAUCUUAUCAAUAAUGGGAUUUCUAAUAACGGACCUAGUCAGUUCCUCAGACAGCAUGUGUGACUCUUUUUUAAAAAAAAGAAAUUGUAAAUAACAUUGUCUGAUUCAAUGCUGGUGGUGACAAGCAUCACACACCUACCAUCUUGGUUUCGGGUAAAAUAAACUUAUUCUACAAUA